AUGGCAGAAGCAGGAGCGUCCGAGGUUGUCCUCCAAGACAGCAACUCAAAACACCCACAGCCUCAUACGACGACUGAGGUCGGCUCCGACACUGGAAGCACGGUCGAUACCAGGACUGCUCGACAAAAACUCAGCGACAUCUUCACCAUCUUCGCAAGUGGUGCCGCCCUCAUCAGCGAUGGAUACCAGAACAAUCUCAUGACAAUGACCAAUGUUGCGCUGCGCAAGGAAUACCCAAAGCAAUACACGUCGUACUACAGCACUGCUGUGUCAAACGCCCUGCUCGUUGGCGAAGUCAUCGGCCAAGUCAUUGUCGGACUCACCUGCGACUACCUUGGUCGCAAGUUCGCAAUUAUUGUCACCACUCUGAUGAUUAUCAUCGGAGGUAUCUUGGCGACAGCUGCAUCGGGAACGACCAUCCACGGAAUGUUCUGGAUGCUGAUCGUGGCACGAGGUAUUGUCGGAUUCGGAACUGGAGGAGAGUAUCCUGCAAGUUCAACUUCUGCAAGUGAAGCUGCGAACGAACAGAACCUGAAGCAGCGAGGUCCAUUGUUCAUCCUGGUCACUAACUUGCCUUUGUCUGCUGGUGGUCCUAUCGCCGUCUCGAUCUUCCUCAUUGUCCUUUCUGCAGCUGGUCAGAAUCACUUGGGGACUGUUUGGCGUGUGUGCAUGGGUAUUGGCUGCCUCUUCCCAUUGUCCGUCUUCUACUUUCGUAUGAAGAUGCUCAACUCGAAGCUUUACCGCCGCGGUGCAAUCAAGAAGCGUGUGCCAUACACGCUGGUGCUGCGGUACUACUGGAAACGACUUCUCGGUACCUGUGGCGCGUGGUUCGUGUACGAUUUUAUCACGUUCCCCAAUGGAGUCUUCUCUGCGACGAUCCUGAGUGGUGUCGUGAAGAAAGGACCAAACAACGUCCGCUCGACGGCGGAGUGGCAACUGUUGCUUGGUGCGAUUGCGCUGCCUGGUGUAGCAGUCGGUGCGUACCUCUGCAAUCGCCUUGGACGUAAGAACACGAUGAUGCUCGGAUUUAGUGGUUACCUUGUCUUUGGUCUGAUCAUUGGCUGUGCUUACGAGCAGAUCACCAAGAUCCUGCCUCUGUUUGUCAUCUUCUACGGUCUGAUGCAGAGCUUGGGCAAUAUGGGACCUGGAGACAUGCUCGGCUUGCUGUCGAGCGAGAGUUAUGCUACAGCAGUGCGUGGCACCUGCUACGGUAUCUCGGCUGCCUUGGGCAAGACUGGUGCGGCCAUCGGCACCCAGGCCUUUACUCCGAUUCAGAUUCACCUUGGCAAGAGAUGGACGUUCAUCAUCGCUGCCAUCUGCGGAGUUGCGGGUAUCCUGGUGACGUACUUCUUUGUGCCCGACCUCAAAGGAGAUGAUCUCGCUCAAGAAGACGAGAGAUUCCGAGCAUAUCUUUUAUCCAAGGGCUGGCACGGGGAGAUGGGUGAGGAUGACCUCAAAGCUCUUGCUGACGAAGGAGUACCGCAAGCGAUGGUCGAGGAUGUGAAGAGAGCUUGA